GGAGCGCCCACCGAGAGCGGCAGCGGGGGCCGGCGGAGAGCCGGCCGUAUGGAGGGGUGAAAGCGGAGACCCCGAAGAGGAGACCCCCUUUCCCCGGAGCCCCUCGCAGCGCCCGGGAGGCGGCGGGCGCGGAGGAGGCGCGGGCGAGAGCGCGGCAGCGGGGAGGCGGCGGCGGCGCGGCGGCGAGGCGGAGUGCGGCGGGCCCCGCUCCGCGGCGUGCGCCGGCAACCAUGAACUUUCUGCUCACUUGGAUCCACUGGGGGCUGGCGGCGCUGCUCUAUCUGCAGAGCGCGGAGUUGUCGAAGGCUGCUCCGGCCCUGGGGGAUGGGGAGCGGAAGCCCAAUGAAGUUAUCAAAUUCCUGGAAGUCUACGAGCGCAGCUUCUGCAGGACAAUUGAGACCCUGGUGGACAUUUUCCAGGAGUACCCUGAUGAGGUGGAGUACAUAUUCAGGCCAUCCUGUGUGCCUCUGAUGAGAUGUGCGGGUUGCUGCGGCGAUGAGGGCCUAGAAUGUGUCCCUGUGGAUGUGUACAACGUCACGAUGGAGAUCGCGAGAAUUAAACCCCAUCAGAGUCAGCACAUAGCGCACAUGAGCUUCUUACAGCACAGUAAAUGUGACUGCAGACCAAAGAAAGAUGUCAAAAAUAAACAAGAAAAGUGGGCACAGAAACCCAGAUCUGAUGGUCCUUCCUACAUACCCCAGACCUGGAGCUUGCAUGACCCACAACCAUGGCAGUCAUUCCUAAUGCUUUACCCUGAGUCAGGGAAGUCCCGUCGUGUGUGUCCUACCAGAAUGGAUUCAAGGUGCAGCCCUCAUUCUCCCUUGCCUCCUCCUGGGGUGUUUCUGGUUACUGCAUAUCGCUGCCUUUCUUCAUUAUUAAUUUUUUUUCUUGCUGCUUGAGUGAGAACUUGCUCGCUUCUUUCACAGCAGCUUGGGUUGGAGCUCUGCUGGCUACAGGGAGAGGUGGCAGUAGAGGCCUGGUGGAGGCAGAACUGAUGCCAUGCACAAUGUGAUGCUGGUUUUGGUUGGGUGGGGGCCUGGGAGGAUGUAAAGGAGGUGGAUGUCCUGGUGGAGGCUUUCAAGAGAGUUUUUUUGAGCUGAUGGAUUUGCUUUGGUGACCUGAAGAAGGUUAAGGCACAACCUUCCCUUUCCUUCCUUCCCAAAGUAAAAAGGUUGUGGAAAGGAGAUAAAAAAAAGCUCUCGUCCUGCAGUAGUUGCAGAGACGAUGACAAAACGUGGAACAACAUGGACAAAAAGUGACCUCUCUGGACAAGAGGGUCAGCCGGACUGCGCAUGGCUGGGAUAGUGACUCUGCCAUUUAGAGGUGUGGAGUUGGAGAGGAAAGGGGUAAAUACUGGGAGAUGAGGCUGAAACAGAGAGCAAGUGGAAGAGUGAGAGAGUAUGUCUUUCACCCCUUUCCUGGUGGUUGUGGAUUUCUAGCUGCCUUCCAGCCUCUCCUCCUCCCCCUGGAAAACUGCUCGUGGCUGCAUCAGGCUGCAUGCAGCCAAAGCUCCCCUCUGUGCAGGACCGUGUUGGGGAUGGUCGUCUGCGUGGCUCCGUGGUUUGAAGGUGUGCAAGUUGGGUCUGUGUGAGCUCUGGUGAGGAUGGGCGUGGGUGAAGCAGCCAGCCCAGACUGCGUUGCAUUCCCUUUCCUCUUCUAACAGCACUUGCCUGCUCUUUGCUGGUUCUGCACUCCCCGGGGAAGGAAGGGAAGGGAUGGGAGAGAUCAGUAUGCUUUGAUUUGUUCUGGUUUGAAAGUCCUGUUAUAUAUCUCCAUCUUCAGAUUGAUUUUCUUCUCCCUCACCACCUCCUUGUGCCUCCUGACAUGUAGGGCAGCAGCUGGGAGUGAGCUGAUGCUCUGAUACACAUUCCAUCAAGAAGACUGGAGCAGGCCUAAGAAACACCUGUGGUGUUCUCUUCUGUCCCCCAGCUCUCCCUCAGCAGCUCCCUCCCAAGAUGGGCUGCCCCCAGGCAGAGUGGGGAAGGAGGGAGGCUGCUGAGCUGCUGUGGGGCUCACAAGUCUGACAAACCCUGGUGCUUGCCCCAGGGCCUUCUGACAUGCCUGUCCUUUGUUGCUGUGCUGAUAUAGCUCGAGGAGCAAUGCAGACUCCAGCCUCCCCCGCUCUGUGCUCUCACUGGGCUGCAGAGAUCCAUGGUUAGUGUCCAGGCCUGCAUGUCCCAGCCCCUGACUGUCUCAGCUCCUGCCCAAAAAUCAGAAGCAGCACGUGAAUCUUUAAGAGAGUGCUUUGGCUCCGUCCGCUUGUCUGUCAGAUCUAUGUGAAAAGCAAAGGGAAGGGCUGGAUGGAGGAGGAAAGAAAGGAAUAUCUGAAAGCUGCUUGCAGUUUUCAUCUCCUGGGUGUCCCAACUGGGCUAGACCUUCCUGUUCAUCCUCUGUUGCUCAUCACGGAGGAUACUGGAGGGUGCGUGAGCAGAAAGUGAGGUCUUCUGAGUCCACCAAGCCACACGCAGUGGUAGGGUGGGUGAGCAGAGCUUUCAGGCUGCAGUCCCCCGCUCCCAUGCAGCAGUUCUGCUCAGAACAGGCCUCAGUCCUUGUCCCCAGUGUCCUGAGUCCAGGGCCCCAUUGCUCCCAUCCCAUGGCAGGAUGAUUGAGCCCUGCAGUGGGGCUGCUGGGUGUCCCCUCCUCACCAUCAGAUCACAGCAGUCUCUUUUUCUCCAUGUCAGCCAGCGUGAGCCUGAGCUUGUCACCAGAGCUGGUUGUCUGCGCUCGCUGCAGUUGUGUGAUGCUUUCACCAGGCUUCCUGAUCCCUUCCUUUCUCCACUGCCCCACUGCUCUCUCCAGGGGUGCGGGUACCCUCAGGGGCCCGUGGAUGCCGGCAGCCUCAUGUGGAGGUGGCCUCAGUGCACGCUGUGUUCCUGGCGCUGGCUUGGCUGCGGGCAGGCUGGCGGCGGUGCUGCAAGAGGGCCAGUGAGUGUGUGUGCAAGGUGGAGGUCUGUGCUUCACUCCGGGACUUGCCCUCCAAUCCUGCCUCAUGUGCUUUCCCCUCCCAGCAAGGCACAUGGCUGUGUUUUUUUUCUCUUCUUCCUUGCGUUUUCUUCUGUUUUCUCUCUUGCUCUCCCUCUCUCUUUCCUUCU